GCGACACGAACACACCCACCCCAGCGCCGAGUCAAUCGACACCUCCACCAGAGAAGUCCAGAGAAAUGAGCAGCGCCGUUGAUUCAGCGCGAACCGAAGCCCAGCCGAAGGACGGGCGCGAUGGCGGGAUCCAAGGCUUGGCCAACACGACGGAGAACAGGGGCGCGGAGGCGGAGGAACCUGCGAAGAACGGUUCUGGGGGGCGUCCUACCGCAUACACAGUCGUGGACGGACUCAGUGAACGUUACCCAAUGAACCAUCGGCCUCGGGGCGCUGCUCUCAUCUUCGCUCAUUCCGAGUUCGAUAAUAAAACUCCGCGACCCUGUGCCGUCCACGACGCCGAGAUCGCGAGAGCCGCCUUCGAGGCCCUCGACUUCCAGCCUGAGGUGUUCUUCGACCUCACGAGGAACGAGCUCUUGAGGAAGCUGCGGGAAGUUUCUGAGCGCGACCACAGCAGCUGCGACGCCCUUGUCAUAGUGUUCAUGAGCCACGGUGAGCUAAACGUUAGUAAGAAUGAAGAAUUCUUGUGGGCCAAAGACGACAAGAUUGCUACCAAGGAACUGUGGAUAAACUUCACGGCUGAACGGUGUGCAGGUCUAGCUGGCAAACCUAAGCUGUACUUCAUUCAGGCAUGCAGGGGCUCCGACGUGGAUAAGGGCGUGAAAAUGUCUCAGGCAGUGCGUGGCAUGACGGUUCAGACGGACAGCGUUGAGGAGUACGUCAUUCCCAACCAAGCUGAUCAGCUUAUUAUGUGGGCUUCCUACCCUGGCCAUGUAGCUUACAGGACUGAAUGCGAAGAAAUCCAAGGGAGUGUCUUCAUCCACUACCUGGCCGAGAACCUCAAGAAUUUUGCCAAAACUUCUCCGCGACCAAGUCUGUUUUCCAUUCUUCUCAAAGUCAGCAGGGAAGUGGCAGUCCUCUAUGAGACCUGUAUGCCUAGUGAAGAAAAGUAUCACCAAAAGAAACAAGUUCCUUCCAUUAUGUCGACGCUGCUUCGUGAGAUUUACUUCUAAGAGGAUGCCUUCCGAGUUACUCCUUGGCUUGACCGUGCUAGACCUUCUGCAUGAGUUGUUCUCUCUGAUGUUUCAGUCAUUUUAUUGUUGUUGUUAAGGUUCUUGUCGGUACUAUUGUUUCCUGCUAAAUAAAUGAGAUGCUGAUCUGUACAUUUCUUCUCAAGAACAAAAACGGCAUUUUCCUUAUUUUCUUAAAUUUCAGCUCAUAUUACAAGGUUACCAAUCAGACUACAUGACCCUACGCUGUCGCCAGGCGAACGCACGGGCGAACACUCACACACACACACACACACACACACAUAUACACACACACACACACGCACACACACACAC